GAAACAUUUGACUUUGACAAUAGUUUCUUCCCAGUAGAACUUGUGAUGUCAAACGAAGAAAAACAGAUUUUUACCGCAGAAAAUUGCAGUGAGAAGUCCAUGGAGAUUGAGGGCUUUCAAAUUAAAGUCGCUGAAAGCUUUCCACCGUCGUUUGUCAUUCACCAUCAAAAGCCAAACAAUGGUGAUAAAGAAAUGGAAUCCUACAUCAUUGGAAGAAAACUUGAUAUCAAAUCAUCUUCUUGGUUAAUUUCUGUACAGGGAGAUAAUUGCCAAAAGUUGAGGGAAAGAAUGAUUGCAGCAGUAAAAAGAGGCUGGAGUGAUUUCCCUUGUUUAUCCGAUCUGAUUCACAUUGUUCUGGAAAUAGAAAGGGACAAAAUCUGUAGUGACUUUGAUGUAUGUUCAAAAUGUUCUAUUUCUCAGGAUUCAGAUACAGAUGCCUUAUGGGAACUGUUGCCAAAAAGACCUAAUGUCAUCAUUUGCUCUGCCGACAAAGCUUAUUCAUAUUUACAGAAACAUCACCAUCAUAAGAAACUACAGGAACAUAACCAUCAUAUGAAUCAAGAGGGACAUCACCAUCAUAUGAAUGAAGAAGAACAUCACCAUUAUAUAAAUGAAUCAUUUGAAGAAUUCGAGGUCACGUAUCAACCAUCACAAAAUGAUGUCGAUAAAAGGACAUUUGAAUGCAACGUCUGCUACUUGCACUGUGACAUUUCUAUAAAUAGUUUAAUGCUUCCAUCUUGUCGUCACAUGUUUUGUUUGUCCUGUUGGAGACGUCAUCUCCAUCACAGUAUCGGACGCGGCGCCACACUUCUCACGUGUAUGGGGGCUCAGUGUACCACGCGUGUUGACGUCACCACAGCCAUGACGAUAUUACCAAACACACGCAUCAAACAAUGGCUGACAAACGUCAGGGAUAAAUACCUCCAAGUGAAUCCUUUCUGUGCCUGGUGUCCA